AUGGUCACCAAAGUCAGAAAACCAUCCCAUGCUGGUUCUUGGUACACCGAUAAUCCUAAGAAGCUUUCAGAAGAGCUAGAAGGAUGGCUGAAUUCGAGUGGUUUAACCAAAUCUUCUGAUGUACGGGGAGUAAUAGCACCACAUGCAGGUUAUUCCUAUUCAGGACGAGCUGCUGCAUAUGCAUUUGGAAACAUUGAUCCAUCUAACAUCAAACGUGUUUUCCUACUUGGUCCUUCUCACCAUUAUUACACUCCAAAAUGUGCUCUUUCAACUGCAACAGUCUACAAGACACCCAUUGGAGACCUUCCUAUUGAUAUAGAAGUAAACGAGCAACUUAAAGCUACGGGAAAAUUUGAGACGAUGGAUAUUCGAGUUGAUGAAGCUGAACAUAGCAUGGAAAUGCACUUGCCAUAUCUUGCUAAAGUAUUUGAAGGGCACCCAGUGAAAAUCGUACCCAUUUUAGUUGGUGCUGUUAGUGCUGAGAGUGAAGCUAUGUAUGGAGAGACUCUUUCUCAAUUUGUAGAUGAUCCCACUAAUUUCUUCUCUAUUUCAUCAGAUUUCUGUCACUGGGGAUCUCGGUUCAAUUACAUGUACCAUGAUAAAAAUCAUGGACCUAUUUACAAAUCCAUUGAAGCCUUGGACAAAAUGGGCAUGGAUAUCAUAGAAACCGGAGACCCUGAUUCAUUCAAAAAGUAUCUGUCAGAAUAUGACAAUACAAUCUGUGGACGCCAUCCAAUUAGUGUUUUUCUCCAUAUGCUGAAGAAUAGCUCAACAAAGAUAAAAAUCAAAUUUCUUUGCUACGAGCAGUCCAGCCAAUGCCAUAAUACUAGAGAUAGUAGUGUUAGUUAUGCAUCUGCAGCCGCAAAGGUUGAUGAUUCAAACUCUAACUAA